GAACGUUGCCGGUGCGAGGCGGCGGGCGCCGUUACUCGCCGUUGGGCUGAGGUAAACAGCGGGAACCCCCCGCUUCCCUCUGGCACCGCGGCACCGUCCUCGCUCUUCCCCUCCCUCAGGGGAUGCGCGGUGCCGCGGAGGAGUGAAAGAAGCGAAGCCGCCGCCGUUGUUGUCCCCCCCUUUCCUUCCACCCGCGGCUCUCCCCUCCCUCUGCAGACGGCGACAUGGGCGAGUGCGGAGCCCCCGGGGACGUGAACUCCAACGUGCUCAUCGCCCCCAGCACCGGCGACGCGCAGCUGGACAAGGCGGUGUGGCAGUGGCUGAGCUGGGACAAGAACCAGAAAACUAAAGAACAGAUUGAGAACUUGUUACAGAAUGGGAAGCACAAAGAGCUGCGGGAUCGCCUCUGCUGCAGGCUGACCUUUGGGACCGCCGGGCUUCGCUCUGCCAUGGGAGCUGGCUUCUGCUACAUCAAUGAUCUUACAGUGAUCCAGUCCACACAGGGGAUCUACAAGUAUCUUGAGAGGUGUUUCUCAGACUUUAAGCAGAGAGGCUUUGUUGUUGGAUAUGACACACGAGGUCAGGUGACCAGCAACUGCAGCAGUAAGAAACUUGCAAAGCUCACUGCUGCAGUCCUGCUGGCUAAGGAUGUACCUGUGUACUUCUUCUCCACCUAUGUCCCUACUCCGUUUGUGCCCUAUGCUGUUCAGCAGCUCAAUGCUGUGGCUGGUGUGAUGAUCACAGCAUCCCACAACCGGAAGGAGGACAACGGGUACAAGGUGUACUGGGAAAAUGGAGCACAGAUCACCUCUCCUCAUGAUAAGGAAAUCAUCAAGUGCAUAGAAGAGUGUGUUGAACCAUGGAAUGGCUCUUGGAAUGAGAAUCUAGUAGAUACCAGUCCCCUUAGACAGGAUCCUCUGAAGAAAAUCUGUGACUGUUACAUGGAGGACCUGAAAAAGAUCUGUUAUUACAGGGAGCUGAAUGUGCAAACAGCUCUGAAGUUUGUUCAUACCUCUUUUCAUGGAGUUGGACAUGACUACGUGCAGUUGGCUUUCAAAGCGUUUGGCUUCCAGCCUCCCAUUCCAGUACCUGAACAAAAAGAUCCAGAUCCAGACUUCUCCACUGUCAAAUGCCCAAAUCCUGAAGAAGGGGAAUGUGUGCUGGAGUUGUCGCUGAGGCUUGCAGAGAAGGAAAGUGCUAAGGUAGUAGUGGCCACUGAUCCAGAUGCAGAUCGACUAGCAGUGGCGGAACAGCAGGAGAAUGGGUGCUGGAAGGUGUUCACUGGCAAUGAGCUAGCAGCUUUGUUUGGGUGGUGGAUGUUCUCAUGCUGGAAGGAAAACUGCUCUGAAGAUGCUGAUGUGAAGAACAUUUACAUGUUGGCGACCACAGUGUCCUCAAAGAUUCUGAGGGCAAUUGCACUUAAAGAAGGAUUUCACUUUGAAGAAACACUCCCUGGAUUUAAGUGGAUUGGAAGUAGAGUAAAAAACCUCCUAGAUAAUGGGAAAGAAGUUCUCUUUGCAUUUGAAGAGUCUAUUGGUUUCAUGUGUGGCACAUCAGUGUUGGAUAAAGAUGGUGUAAGUGCAGCUGUGGUCAUAGCUGAAAUGGCAACGUACCUGGAGGGCAAGAACCUCUCGCUAGCACAGAAACUCAUUGAGAUAUAUGAGACGUACGGAUACCACAUAUCAAAGACUUCCUAUUUCUUGUGCUAUGAUCCUCCUACUAUCAAAAGGAUAUUUGAGAGACUUCGGAACUUUGAUGCUCCUCAGUCUUAUCCCAAACUUUGUGGCGUUUACAAUAUCUUACAUGUACGAGAUGUCACCACUGGCUAUGACAGCAGCCAGCCAAAUAAGAUAUCGGUGCUGCCAGUGAGUAAAAGCAGCCAGAUGAUCACUUUUACCUUCCAAAAUGGUUGCGUUGCCACCCUUCGGACAAGUGGGACAGAACCAAAGAUCAAGUACUAUGCAGAGAUGUGUGCACUGCCUGAGCAGAGUGACAGAAACGUGCUGGAAGAAGAACUUCAGAAGCUGAUUGAAGCUUUGAUUGAGAACUUCCUUGAACCUGAUAAGAAUGGACUGAUCUGGCGCUCGGCUUAGAUCUGCUGGCCCUGGUGUUCAGAGCAGUGACCCUCUGCCCUGUGUCACAAAGGAACCAAGAACACAACUCAGUUUAAUAUAUAUGUGUGUGUGUAUGUGUGUGUGUGAUAAACAGCUAUGGUUUUAGUCUGUAAAGGAGCAUUCUUCUGUCAGGUUUUCCCCAAAAGAAAAUUGGAAAAGCAAAUUGGGAUAAGGAAAAGGAUGGAAUUUCUUCCUACAGUUCUCUAUCCUUUUGACCAAAAGACUUGGUUAACCUGCACCAAUGCAAAUGAACUGCCCUCGUAGGUUUAAGACAGAUCUUAACCACUAGAUCAUGUCUUCAACUCAUUUCAGGUACCAAGUAGCCUUUGUGUGAAAAGGCUUUCUAAUCAGAUAGUCACUUAAAGGAAGCAAUUGCUCCAGCCUGACAAAGAAGCCUGUUUCUUCCUAGCUGUUGUGUGUGAGUGUAGGUAUCAUGACAGCUCUUCAUUUCCCAACAAGUGGAGGUAGAGUCCAGUGCUUUGCAUUCCUUGUUUAGGCAGGUUGUUCAAUAUGACCUUUUUCAGCUCCUGAAGUAACUUUAUGGUGUUCAAGGUGCUCUUGGUGCACUGUAACUUUCCUGUGUGUAUCUUACUUACUCAACGGUGUAACAAUAGUGGCUCCACUUGCAGCCUGGGUUUGGAUUACACAGUGCUUCCAGAGGGAUAGAAACUUACUCAUUCCCUGGUUAAAUUGCCCAUUAGAAUGACUUUGCAACUGCUUUCUUUUAGCCCAUGGCCUGAAGGGAGAAAGAGACCUUAAACCUUUUAGUAAAGGUGUCAAAAAUCCAGUAACUUUGACUGAAAAUUCCAGUUGGUGACUUUUGGGGGGGUUUAUGGCUUGAAUUCCUAUUGUCUGUGUAUUACAAAAGGAGCAGACAUGGAGGUGAGACCCGGACACCAUCAUAUUUUCUUUUCUAGUUACUAAGCCAUUACUUUUUGUGAUGUCUUGUAAGCUAAUUUCUGUUACAGCAUCAAUUGCAAAUACUCUUUUUUUCUCUUUUAAGGCAUAUUUCUAACAACUUCCCAUCUGUUUCCUACAUUUGCUUGAGUAAAAUGGUACAGCUCAUCCCUUUUUCCCCC